UCACCUGUUUCAUGAAAUAUACUUUCAAUACGCUUGCGUUUCUCAUCGGCAGAUACACCUUUACGAGACUAUUAAAAAAAAACAUUAGUCUACAAGACCAUUUUUACACCCUUUCUUUGCAACUUGCCAUUGGAUUAGGCUCCUUUGUUAAAAUAUAUAAAAUAAAAAAAAGAAAAGAAAGAGAGAAACAACAAUAAAAAAGAGAGCUGGUUUUAGAAAAUUAUUAAAGCAACCCUUUUUUUUUGUUAUUAUUAUUAUUUUGGCUUUCUGCAACUAUGUCCACUAUCUACAUUCCUCAGAAACGUAUUUAUGCACCAAACGAUCCCUUUUUCGAAGAAGGCAAUAUUGCAUUACGUGCCUUGUGGCUUAAAAGACAAGCUGCAUCCGAUGCUGAAGUCCACAUGAUUCAACAAGAACAACAAGAACUACUCGAUCAACACCAUAUUGACAUUUACUGUGAUCAUUGUCGUAUUCGAUUUCCUUCUGUUGUCACAUUUGAGUCUCAUUAUGAAGCGGUUCACCGCAACGUCUGCUUAGAAUGUCAUAAAAUAUUCCCUUCUUUCGAUUGGCUUCAGUUGCAUAUUGAUGAAUUUCACAAUGUCUUGCUUCAAAUCAAGAAGGAGCGAGGUGAAAAGAUUUACAAGUGUUAUGUGCAUGGCUGUAAAAAAGUAUGUUCGGGACCUCGUCAACGUAGAUUGCAUUUGAUUGACAAGCAUAACUAUCCCAGAUACUUUCCUUUUGAUUUAGUGUAUACCGGUACAUUAUCCUUUGAGCAAAGAAAGAUUAGAGAUCAAAAAAACAAGGAAAGACUGAAAAGAUUAAGCAUGCAUGGACACAAGGAUAAAAUUAGAGAUACCAACAUGGAUGAAGAGCAUCGAUCAACAGAGGAGGAAGUAGAAAAGGAUGUGGAUAUGGAUGAACUUGUGACGGGCAUGUCCAAAUUACGGAUACCUAAAUCCAUCUCCUUUGGACAUAAAGCAGGUCUAGGUAUUCCACAGCAUCGUCCUCAUAGACCUUCUGUCAAAGCAUCUAUAGAAAAGGACACUGUCAAACCAGAGGUCAAAGUCUAUUCACAUCCACGAAAAAGAGGGCCCAAAAAGAAAAAGAUGCCUCAAGUUGAACCCAUGAUGGAAUAGUAAAAUACAU